CCCGCGCCCAACGGCCGCCGCGGGACGAUUCGAACCCGGCAGCGGAGCGCGCGCGGCGGGGCCCGGCCCGGCGGCGCCUCAGCGUGAGCGGGGCCGUGCCCGGUGCCCCCCGGCCCCGUGUCCCCCAUCCCCUGCCCCUCCGGCCCCACAACCUGCCCUGCGUGGGACAGCGGAACUGCAAGGUGAAACAAGACCACAAUGAAACGUGAAGAGUUUUUGCAAGUUGUGUCUAAAGAGUCGAUUGAAGACUUCUUGCGUUUUACUCAGACUCCCAAAAAUACGCUCGAACCUUUCGACUUGAAUGAACUACUUCAAGAAUUGCCAAGAAAACAAAAAGAAGUACUAUGGGAGAAGCUGACACACCUAUUGAAAGAGACCCUGGUGGAGAAACCUGUGGAAACAUGGCAGAUGACUGGAGAUGAUGAAAAUAAUGAUUGCAUGGAUGUUGACAUAGUUCCAGAAAUGAAACAAACUGUAGCUGUGAUCCAAGGAGUGACAGCUGUCGUUACUGCUUCCAUACCCGUAGUGGAUGAAACUGUAAACUACAAAGUUCUUUUAGAAUGUGCUUUCAUAUUGAAUGGUAUUCUUCCUGCAUUACCUGAAUCUGAAAAAAACCUACAGGGUGCCAUCCAACAUAUGUGUGAAAUGUGGUGGGAAAAAGGACUGGAAGGGAAGGAGCAGCUAGGGAAAACUGUAUUUAUUAUGUUGCUAAGAAAAAGCCUGAAUAAAGCUGCUACGGGUGCAGAUGUAGUUCGUCUCUGGAAUCUACAUCAGACGCUAUUGUACUUUGAUUAUGAUUCAGAGGACAGUAAUGAAGUCAAGGACUUGUUACUUGAGUGCUUUAUGAGUGUAAGACACAUUAAAAAAGAAGAGGGAAGAAGAUUCUUGAGCUUUUUGUUCAGCUGGAAUGUCAACUUCAUUAAAAUGAUACAUGGAACUGUUAAAAACCAAUUACAGUUUUUUCCAAGGUCCUUAAUGGAAUACAUUUCAGAAGUUUACUUCAGAGCAUGGAAGAAGGUGUCAGGAGAAGCUUUAAAGAUACUUGAACAUAAUUGUAUUCAGGAUUUCAUGCAUCAUGGAAUUCAUCUUCCCAGGAGCUCUUCUGUUCAUUCUAAAGUUAGAGAGAUGCUGAGUUACUUUCAUAAACAAAGUAAAGUUCGCCAAGGAGUUGAAGAAAUGCUCUAUCGAUUGUACCAACCUAUCCUUUGGAGAGCACUGAGGGCUAGAAACUCAGAAGUUCGAUCAAAUGCAGCAUUUUUGUUUAUUGAUGCUUUUCCUAUUCGUGAUCCUAGUUUUAAUGUUGAAGAGAUGGACAACGAAAUACAGAAACAAUUUGAAGAACUUUUUAAUCUCUUAGAAGAUCCUUAUCCAGUUGUCCGUUCUACAGGGAUACUUGGAGUUAGUCAGAUAACAUCCAAAUACUGGGAGAUGAUUCCUCCACCAAUUGUUGCUGAUCUUUUAAAAAAAAUAAUUAUAGAGCUGGCAUGUGAUGUAACAUCUGCUGAUGUUCGAUGCUCUGUUUUUAAAUGCCUACCGAUAACUUUGGACAACAAACUAAGUCACCCAUUACUGGAGCAGCUCUUGCCAGCACUUAAACUCAGCCUUCAUGACAAUUCAGAGAAAGUGCGAGUGGCCUUUGUUGAUAUGCUGCUGAAAAUCAAAGCUACUAAGGCAGCUAAGUUUUGGAAAAUCUGUCCUAUGGAGCAUCUUCUGGCUCGCCUUGAAGUUGAUUCACGGCCUGUGUCACGACGCAUAGUGAACCUCUUAUUCAACUCUUUCUUCCCCAUUAACCAGCCUGAGUAUGUGUGGUGUGAGCGCUGUGUUACUUUAAUCCAGAUGAAUUCGGCAGCAGCUAGAAAGUUCUAUCAGUAUGCUUAUGAAUAUACUGCCCCCACCAAUAUAGCUAAACUGAUGCUAACAAUUCGGCGCUGCUUAAAUGCCUGUAUCCAGAAAGCAACAAAAGAGAGUCUUCAUGAUGAUGAUGAUGAAGAUGAAGAAACUGAGAAGGAGAGCAUAAGUAUGUUCAAUGAUGUGUUAUCAGUAAAUGAUGUGGCAAGCAUGGCCAGUUUAUUGGAGAUUGUAGUAAUUCUCUGGAGAAGUAUUCGCAAAGCACUAGAUCACAAUGAAGGUGCCAAAGAUUAUGCCAUCAGAAAAUUUGCUUCGGUACUUCCUGAGUAUUUAAAAGUAUUUAAGGAUGACCGUUGCAUGACUCCGUUGGUUAUUCUUGCAUCCUUUAUGCCCCCUGCUGCUAUUCCUACUUUCAGCUGUGGUGUGAUCUCCAAACUCAGAAAUGUUGACAGUGGAGCUGAUGAAAGCAAAUACUCUACCCUGAUAGACUGCGUGUGUCACUGGGGACAAGUGGGACACAUUAUGGAAUUAGCCGGUGAUUGGUUGUCAGACAUGUUAACCCCAAGAAAGAGUCUUAAAACAUCUGAACGACGAGUACGUAUCCAUGUAACACAGGAAUCAAAGCCAGAAUUAGCGCUUGAUUACAUUGAAUAUUUACUGACUCAUCCUGUUAAUCGUGGUUGCCUACUCUCUGCACCUAAAAAGAAGCUGAGCCAGCUUUUCAAAAUUUUGAGAGCUGCAAAGGAAGUUCUUGACUCAAUUCUGAAAGCAACCGAUGCAAGUUCUGUUGGCUGCAAUCAAACAACUGCCUUAAGAGCCUUCAGCCUAUGUUGCAGGUUGAGUAUUCAUCUUCAAAACCAGUUUUCUGAAGACGGAAAAGAUUACCUGUCAAUUCUGAAGGAGACAGGUGAUUGGAUAGAAAGUCAAGUUGUACCUUGUUUGCUAGCAACUGAUCAAGAGGACAGCAUUUCAAAACAGAGUAAUGUUUCUCAAUUAAUUAUCCAGGACUACCUGACAGUGUGUAAAGAUCUAAUAAUGGUUGGCCUUGGAAAUCUUAAAUUUCAAGCAUACCUUUUAGAUAUAGCACUGGCAGUUAUACAAACAGAGAGAGGUGGCUUUUGUACUCCAGUGUUACUCUGUGUUCUAAAAGAAAUUACUGAAGCUUCUUUGACUCAAAACACUGAGACACAUGAAGUGGAAAGUCUUCUCCAUGCUGUACAGACUGUCUUCCAGAAAAUUUUAGAAUGUGUCUCAUGCAGACUCAAGAAACAGCCGGAAGAAGGGAUUCAGUUAAUUCGCUCUAUUCAAAUGCCUCUUGGAGAAUUCAUAUAUGCAGUCCAGUACUGGCGUUCAUCUUGCACAGCAGUUCACCAAGGUGUGCUCUCUACUCUCCUAGAUGCAAUAGUAGUGGAGAUAAAUUAUGCGUUACAAAAGGCUUCCAGUGAAGGAGACUUAACUAUACCAAAGACUGUUUCAGACCUUCCACCUCUUUCAAGCAGUUUAAUGACCAUAAUUAUGAAGACAGUUAAUGUGGUCAGGUCAUUUUUAAAUGAAUUAAUGGAAUGCAUUCUCUCCAAAGAAGUUGAAGAGAUUUUUAGUCUUACAGCUAUGGUCUGCAUUGUGAUUAUAAUUAAAGGUAAGCACAGAGCUUCACUUCUAAAGGAUAUUGCACCUGUCAUUCAAAGAAAGCUGAUAACAUACAAGGAAACUGCCACAGAAGAAUCUAGCAAUACAGAAAGGUAUUAUUGCUGCUUACUUCUGAAUACAUUACCUCACAGCAACUCUGAUGGAUUAUUUCUUUUUAAUACCCAGUUUCAGAAUCCUUUAUGAAUCAUCUCUGAAAAUUUUGGAUGAACUUUUGAAUCCUUGACCACAUGGAAGCUUUUGUCAUGAAAAUUAAAGGAAGGAAGAUGAACUGUGUUAAAAAGCAUAAUAUUAUCUUGUAAAUUUAUUAAGAGUUCUAUUUUCUGUUACUCUGUACAUUUAAAGCAGGCAAAAUGUACAAAAGUGUGUAUAGAAAUCAUGUAGUAAAGAUUCUCAAAGACUCAUAAGGAGGUUGUUUUGUAUCAAACUGUCAUAUAUGGGGGGAAGUAAAAAAAAAAAGUAUUUUUGUUUUUAUAAAACAAAUAAUAAUUGUAUAUUCUCAUUCCUUGAGGUAGCACAUAGCCUCAGACAUGGAGAAAAUUAUAAAGCCUAUUCCUAAAUGUUACAGAAGUCAUUUUGAGACACAUGAAGGACAAAAUAGCAAUUGGGUAUUGCCAACAUGUAUUCACUAGGAGUGAAUUCUUCCUGACCAACCUCAUUUCAUUUCCUGCUGUGAACAAAGGGAGAGCAGAGGAUGUCACCUUUUCUGUUCUUCGCAGGACUUUUCACCAAGGCUUACGUAGUAUUUUUGUAACCAAAUUGGAGGGAGAUGGGCUGUAUGGAUGAUCUACAAGAAGGGUGGAAAACUGGUUGGACAAUCAGACUUGAAGAAUAAGGGUGCUACAGUGUCAUACUGAUGAUUAGUGGCAUUCUUUAGGGCAGAUGCUGUUGCCAGUGCUAUUUAACAUCUUAAUUAAAUGCCUGGGCAAUGGAAUGAAAUGCUGCCUCAGUCGGUUGGCAGAUGACACCCGUGUGGGGGCAGUGGUUGAUAUUUUUGAGGGGAAGGGUUGUCUGAUUCAGUGGAAUCCUGACAAGCUGGACAUAAGGAUCAACAAAUCUCAACGUUCAACUUGGACAUGCACAAAGUCCUUCACCUGUAGUGGACUAAUUCUAUAUAUCAGCAUCAGCAAGUGCAGAAGAGCAACAUUACUGUUUUCCUCUACAUGAGGAGGAUUAAGAAAAGACUGCUUAGAGGUAUGCAUCAAGAAAACAUGAGGCAGCAGACACACUGCAGCAAGAAAAGUACUUCUUGGACAUAUGAAAGAAAAAAGGAUGAAAGCGAACAGAAACUGAAAGUGGAACAGGUUUACCAGAAAGACUGUGGAAGAUCCUUCCUUGGAGAUGAGGAGAACUUGACUGACAAGGCCUUGACGAGCAUGACAGAAUUUUGAAAUUACCCUGUCUGAUCUGGAGGUUGGACUAUAUUAUCUUCUGAGCUUCCUUCCAGUUUAAUUGCUGUACAUUUGGCUAUUUUUAUAAAUUAAUACUGCAGGUAGCAUAGACAUGUAGGCCAGUUACCUAACUUUUUAAUGUGAACAGAUGCUCUCCUAAAACUAGUCAUAAAAUGCUGAUUGCAGAAUGUUAUUUUGCCUUAACUGAGGCAUCUAUAAAUUACAUGUCUAAGUUCAUAAUACUGUUUGCUUUUUUACCUAUUUUAGAAGUGGAUCUAGUAGGUGUCCCCAGGAAAAUGAGUCAACCAAAGACCAUAAAGGUAGUAUACAAGGACUAGCUUAAACUUGGAUAUCUAACGCUUAAUUAUCUUCAAAAUGGGGCAGGAUGCUUUGCAUUUAGUAUCUAUAUAAAUGGCUCAUUGAGAUCUCCAAUGUUACAGAGUGGCACUGACACAGAAAUUAGCAAAUUUAGCUAAAUUAAGACAGGCUCUUUAUUCUUGAUUAGGAUCUGUGCAUAGUGCUGUACCCCCAUCUAUCAGGCAUCUUUCUGUGGUAGGAGUUGGUAACCUUUUUAGUGCAUAAAAUUUCACUCCUAGACAGAAGCUUAUUUAGCUGAAAUGUUGAUAUUUAAAAAUAAUCAAAUCCUGAAUAAACAACUGUCAGGCUUUACAACAGGCACGUCAGUAUGGAUAUGUGAAUUCCAGAAGAUUUACUUUAUCCAUGAUGGUAGCCUGAGCCAAAAAGUCUAAUGCUGCCCCAGCAGGUAGCUGUAGAUCUGCCAACUGUUUAUCUAUCAACAUCUUUCUAAAAACUGUGUUCUUUGGCCUUCAGUCUUCUACAUCUGUUAACAGGCAGGUGUUCCGGUAAUGACCUUUUAAAUCUUCUGAUUAUACAAAUUAGUUAAUGAAUAUGUAAAUCACUUUCGUUUUUUUCUGCUUCUCAAUCUUUCAUUGUUUUCUCAUAUUAAAUUAGAAGAGAAUUUAAGUUACUGCCUUUUUUCCCUUGGUCUAUAGCGCUGCUUUUUCAGUUUCCAUUUUUUAUGGAGUACCUGUUACAGACCCAAUAUCCCAGAGCCUGAAAGAAAUAAAGGUAACUACCAACAUCAGAAAUAGACUGAUUUCUUCUGAAGAACUUAAGAGGUGACAUUGUAAGGGAAGGUAAGAAAACUUAGAGAUGAACUUUUGUCCGUAUUCUAUCAUGGCUGAUACUCAAGUGGUUCUCAAGGGUGUUGAAAUUGUUCUGUGGUGGCAGUGGAGCUGGUGUAGAGAUCUCAGCCCGAGAUCCAGUCCAGCUGUAUUAUAACUCCUCUGAUAGAUGAAAAGCCACGGGCUUUCUGCAACACAAUCAAUGAUGUUCUUUGAAUUCUGUGAGCCAAAGUCUGUCAAGUGCUUUCUCCUUGGGUCUUUCUGGUAAAUCUCGCAACAAUAUAAGAAGGUUUUACUUGGUGUUCUCAUUGCAAACUAAGUCUUGCCAAAAUGUUGAAUCCUUGUAUUUAUCUUUUAUAUAUAUAUAUAUAUAUAUAUAUAAAUAAAUAAAUAGUAUAUUUCUUAAGCUGAAUUACCUUUUUGAAGCCUGUAAAUCAGAUUUGUUUUAUCUUACUGAUUAAAAGUGCCUUUGAAGUGC